GACAAAUAACCUCAUCUAGCGUAAAGCGGUGGACGUUUAUUUUUUGGUGGUUGUAAUAAUAUAUGAAAUAAGUAAUACAUAAUAAUUUGUUUCUAAUUUUUUGUGUUAGCAAAAAAGUAUCAAAAUGACGAUUGGGAAAAAUAAUAAGAUGCUACAGCAUAUCAAUUAUAGAGUCAGAAUCAUUUUGCAAGACUCCAGAACAUUCAUAGGCACAUUCAAAGCUUUUGAUAAGCAUAUGAAUCUUAUACUUGGUGAUUGUGAAGAAUUUCGUAAAAUUAAACCAAAGAAUACAAAGCAACCAGAAAGAGAAGAUAAACGUGUGUUAGGCUUUGUACUCUUGAGAGGAGAAAACAUUGUUUCUUUAACGGUGGAAGGUCCCCCACCUCCAGAAGAAGGAUUGCCUAGAGUACCUAUACCUGGUGCAGCACCUGGCCCUGGUAUGGGUCGUGCUGCUGGUCGAGGUAUGCCUGCUAAUGUUGCUGGUGUACCUGCAGGGUUGCAAGGACCUGUAAGAGGUGUUGGUGGUCCAUCUCAACAGAUAAUGACACCAGGAGGCAGAGGACAAGUUUCUGCACCACCACAAAUGCAUCCAGGUGGUCCUCCACGAAUGCCAGUUGGAGGUCCUCCACCUGGAAUGAUGGGUCCACCACCAGGCAUGAUGGGUAAGCAUUUUGUAGAUUUAUAUUGUUUCUUUUUGAUAUAUUAA